GAAACCCCUCUAUGGUCACAGAGAAGUAACUACUCUUGGUCAUUUGCAGCUGCUUCAGUGCACCACUCUGCUUCUGCCCAACUCAUGAGAGAAACAAAGGUGCCAUAAGAUUUAUUGCUAGCGACAAAUCCUUGGCAGGGAGGAAGGUUUGAAGUAUUCAGAAAUGGGUUUUGGGGAGGACCUGAGGUGUCCACAGGCACAUGCAGCAGUCAUGAGGCUGCUGGACUCUGAGCUUCACCUGAUGGAGGUCAUGAAGAAGUGGAUGGGCCAGCGGGCUAAGAGUGAGCGGGAGUUUUCAGUGCAGCUGCACCACAUGGCUACCAUUGCGGAGAAACUGGACCGACCUCAGCCCGGUGCAGGACAAGACUACAUCAGCCAGCUUAACAAGUCGUGGGGAGUGCUGGUCUCUCAGACGGACUCGCUCAGUCAGCUGAUGAAGAAGAGCUCUGAGGAUCUGCUGGAUGGUCCCAUCAGCAAACUGACACUGCUCAUCAGAGACAAACAGCAGCUCCGAAAAACCUACGCAGAGCAGUGGAAUCUACUGAGGCAGGAGCUCACCAAGGUGACACAAACAGAGCUGGAGAAGCUGAAGAGCAGCUACAGACAGGCAGUGAAAGAUGCAGCUCAGGCUAAGAGGAAGUAUCAGGAGGCCAGUAAAGAUAGAGAGCGAGACAAGGCUAAAGAGCGUUAUGUAAAAGCGUCACUGAGACUCCACGAGCUGCAUAAUGAGUAUGUGCUGUCUGUGCAAGCUGCUCAAGUUUAUCAUCAGCACCACUACAGUCAGAUCCAGCCCGCCCUGCUCAGCGCGCUGCAGACUCUGCAGCAGGAGAUGGUGCUCAUACUAAAGGAGAUCCUGCAGGAAUAUUUUGACAUCUCCACCCUCCUCCAUCAUGAAGUGGUGCGGAUCCACAGGGAGAUGUCCUCCGCUCUGACCGCCAUUGAUCCUCACAGAGAAUAUGAGAGCUUCAUUCACCAGAACAGAUCUGUGGGGGAGAUUCCAGCUUGUGCAGAGUUCGAUUGCAGCCUUCUGGAAGACGCUGAGCAGCUAAAGCCCAGAGAGAUUGAAAUGAACGACCUCACGCUUGAGACAAUCCAGCACAAAUUGACUGCAGUGGAGGAGGAGCUGCUGGACCUGGCUCGGACACUGGGCUCCCAGCAGACCUCGGUCGAACAGCUGGAGCUGGACCUGGAGGCAGAGAGGGAAGGGGUCAAAAAAGGCCAGAGGGUCUACCAGUUCAGCAAGAGACAUGCACUGGAGGAGUGCAGGCAGCAGGUUGCUUUGUCUCAGGGCAUGAGAGCCAAGCUGGAGGCACAGAGGUUUAUUCUGAAGGAGAAACUGGAUCAGCUGGGCUCCAGAGAACCUCCUUCUGCUCUGACACUGGACCAAGACAAUGUUUCACUUUCAUUCAACUCAAGCAAUGACCACAGCCAAACUCCUAAACUCCUCAUGGAUGGGAUCAUUAAUAAUCUGAGUGGCCUGUUUAAGCCCAAAAGUGAGGUGCUACCGGUCCACGCUCCGGUGCAGGAGGUGGACCGUCCUCUGGGGCAGCAGGACUGGUACCACGGAGCCAUUCCCAGACUGGAGGUCCAGCAGCUGCUGAAGAGUGAUGGUGACUUCUUGGUGAGGAAGAGUCAAGAGAAACAGGGUUAUGUGCUCUCGGUGCAAUGGGAUGGAUCCUGCAAGCAUUUCCUUAUUCAGAACACAGAUAAUCUGUACCGUCUGGAUGGACAAGGCUUCCCCAGCAUCCCGCUGCUGAUCCAUCAUUUAAUAUCUUCACGACAACACAUCACUAAGAAGGCUGACAUAGUGCUAAAAAAACCUGUACUAAAGGACAAGUGGGUCCUGGAACAUGAUGAUAUUAUCUUGGGGCAGCUCAUUGGACGGGGCAACUUUGGAGAAGUGUACAGUGGUCGUUUACGCUCUGAUAACACUCCUGUAGCUGUGAAGUCCUGUAAAGAGAACCUGGCCCCAGAGCACAAGAGUAAAUUCCUGAUGGAGGCCAGGAUCCUGAAACAGUACGACCAUCCUAACAUUGUGAAGCUGAUCGGGGUGUGCACACAGAAACAGCCUAUCUACAUCAUCAUGGAGCUCGUUCAAGGUGGUGAUUUUCUCUCCUUCUUGCGGCAUGAGGGUCACAGUCUGAGGCCUAAGAUGCUGGUCAAAAUGACAGAAAAUGUAGCAGCUGGUAUGGAGUACCUGGAGAGCAAGAAAUGUAUCCACAGGGAUCUGGCAGCGAGAAACUGUCUGGUGGCGGAGAACAACGUGGUGAAGAUCAGUGACUUUGGGAUGUCCCGUCAGCAAGAUGACGGUGUCUACUCUGCAGAGGGUGGCCUCAGACAGAUCCCUGUCAAAUGGACGGCUCCUGAGGCUCUGAACUAUGGUCGUUAUACCACAGAGAGUGAUGUCUGGAGCUUUGGUGUCUUGCUGUGGGAGACUUUCUCCAUGGGAAUGACACCCUACACAAGCAUGACCAACCAACAGACCCGAGAUGAAGUUGAGAGAGGUUAUCGUAUGCUUGCUCCUCACGGCUGCCCUGUGGAAAUCUCCAGGAUUAUGAACAACUGCUGGCAGUAUGAUGCCAGGAACAGACCGUCUUUCAAGAAAAUUCGGGCUGAGCUCAGUGCCAUAUAUAACAAAAUUACAUAAUACAAGCCUCUUGUUUGUACACAUAGAUUUUAUAUGUAAGUUUGAUUGGUAGUAGCCUAUGCAUUUUUUUUCCUUCAGAAAAAUUGUUGAAAUCCAAUACACGGAUCAGCUGGUGGCAGUAUUCUUGUUUCUUUCCUUCUUGCCCUGAUUGUGAGUUUUUCAUUCCUCCCCCUCUUCCUCUUAAGAACAGAAGGUUAUCUUUGACACAUCUGUCCUCUGUCUGAGACAGCACAAAUAUGCUAAAAUCUACACAAAAAACUGCACUGUAUGUUAUUAGCAUAACUGCUGAAAUGUAACACCCAUGUCCAUCUCAAAGAAACCACAGAGAUGUGUUGGACUGACGCAUCCUCCUGAGGAAAGCAGAGGCUGCCAACAGUGGCAUUAGGACAAUAAGGUUUAAGUCAGCACAGUCUUGUUCAGCCUGUUGGGGACUUCAGUUAUUGAUUUAUUGCUACUGACGUACAUUAGUUCUGCAAGUCUGUAGGCUGAAGGAUUCCAGAAGGACAUUACUAUGUGUGAAAGGUGUCCCUUGUGGUGAAGAAUGCACAAAAAAGUAUCACCAAACUCUGCACUUCCUCUUGGUUCGACAGAGUGUUUUCAGUGUCUUCAGCUCAUUGUUUUGGUUUUAGAACCUGUGACUUUAUUGCAUUGGUUCUCUUUCGUCAGUGUCAUUUCCAGAGGCCUGUACUACGAAGCAAGUUCAAUAUAUCCAGGAUAUCUUUUCGUUAUCUGGCUUCACUAAACCUAACUAAGUUCUGACUUGAGUAGAAACUCUAGACAUAAUUUUAUUAAGUCAAGCUGAGGAUUUAUUGUAAAUAAGUACAAACGUUGUUAUUUCUUACUGAGAGAGUGUUUUUGCUCUUUAGUCUGAUGGUGAUUUAUUCAGAGUUACUCUGAAUAUAUGAUGCAGAUAAACAGUGACAGUAAUGUCAGACUGUUUCUGCUGCCAAAGCAGAGAGGAGAGGAGAGAGUUGAUGUCUGAGGUUGAUCUGACUGAAAUAUUCUUUUAUAAUUGUGGGAAAUAUUCAACAGUGUGUGGAUAUAUAAUUAUGUGAUCAUUUAGUGUGAUAAACUCUUCAUUUGUUUGAAGCUCUGUCGUGGACAUAUGGAAAGACUGGAACAACAAAACGAUUCAGAAUCAGAAUCAAACUUUAUUGCCAAGUAAGUUUGCACAUACAAGGAAUUUGUCUUGGUGUAUUGGUGCUAAAGUACAAUUAAAAUAAAAAGGAAAGAGCAAAAAGCAAAAACUAUAUUUACAACGAACAUACACAUUAAAUUAAAAUGUAAAGUGUAGAGUGCAUUCCACUGAUCUAUAAAAAUAUCUAUUGAUCUUUAUCAUUUGUCACUUUACUUUAAAUUCUUUUGACCAUGUCGGGAUGCUGUUGGAAAGAUGACUCUAGUUUUCCAGUGAUGUGGUUGGUCAGUAGUUUGGUUGUUGACUGGUUUUGAUCUGAUCCUCUAAAAAUAACCUGCCCUGGAGCAGGUUAGCCAUUCAGCAUAAAUUACUGCAGUGAUUUACCCCACUAAGAAAUGAACCGCCAUCAACCUGUAGCUGCCUCGCUAACUGCAAAUCUUGCUUCAUAGUACAGACUUCAGAUGUCCCAAACCUAGUUCUCAUGCUAUAGAGUUAAUGGAUACCUGUCCGGGAGAAACUUUUUUUUUUUAGUUGCCAUUAUUUAGUUAACAUUAUUUAAGUCAACAUCAUGUGUUAAAAGAGUCAGAAACUAAAAAUACUUUUGUGACAUUAUAUGAAGUAGAAAAUUUACAACUACAUUCAUCACAAACAGAAUUCUUUUAAGACGCAAAUACUUUUCAGCUCUGAGAUGUUUUGAGAAUUGUUACACAUUUUUUUCUGAGUGGGAAAGCUGGUGUUCAUUUGUGGCUCCUGUGCUGGAGGAAUGUUCCCAUGUUUAAAAUAGGAGGCAUAAAACAGUGUCAAAAUUAGAGGUAGUGUCAAUCACAGACACUGAAUUUCAGUUUGUACAGAGUAUUGUAGACGACAAAAUGUAAAUUGUAACACUCCAUGGAGGAAUAGUUGCUUUCAGCUGUUGUACAUAAACAUUGCACUUAUUUUUCUCUGAUUAGAGAAAACGCUGUAAUUUAAAUAAAAAAUAUAAUAUAUUCUUUGA